CCUGCUGCAGGGGGUGGAAGCUCAGGGCACCCUGCCAUUGGCUUUCCGAGACUUCUCCUCUCUCUGCAGAGCGAGGGCCAGCCGGCGACUCCCUACCUCGGGGGGCUGAUGCAAAGGGCCUUUGUGUGUCUCCUGGAGCAGACGCAGCACUACAGACCCGGCCUCGUGCUCAGUGCCUCGUACGUGGAGAUACACAAUGAGCAGGUGAGAGACCUGCUGAACCCAGGAUCGCCCAGGCCCCUGCCCGUGCGAUGGAGCAAAACCAGGGGCUUCUACAUCGAGAACCUGCUCACUGUGGAGUUUGGGAGCCUGGAGGCCAUCAUGGACCUGCUGCAGGAAGGCACCCGAAGGCGGCGGAGCGCCGCGCAUGCACUGAAUGGGCACUCGAGUCGCAGCCACGCCCUGCUGACCAUCCGCAUCUGCCGCAAGGCUAUGAGCCCAGACCCCAGCUCCUGCCAGAAAGGCGUGCUCUGCUUCGUGGACCUGGCUGGCAGCGAGAGGGUGAAGGACACCGGCUCGGCUGGUGAGCGCUUAGUGGAGGCCAGCAACAUCAACCGCAGUCUCCUGGCUCUGGGGCACUGCAUCUCUCUGCUGGUGGACCCCAGACGGAGGCGGAGUCACAUCCCGUACAGGGACAGCAAGCUCACCCGGCUGCUGGCGGAGUCCCUGGGCGGAUCCGGGAUCACGCUCAUGGUCGCCUGCAUCUCCCCCUCCUCGCGCUGCCUCCCGGAGACACUGCGCACGCUGCGCUUCGCCAGCAGGGCCAAGAAGGUCACCACCAAGCCUGUGGCACACAGGGUGUCCCGGGAGAAGCUGCUGCGAAGUUUGGAGCAAGAAAUCCAGGCCCUGCGGGAGGAAAACCUCUCCCUGCGCCAGCAGCUGCGGCUGCCCAGGAUACUGGGCGCGGGCACAACCGCCCACACAGCCCCCACACAGCUGCCCGAGUGCCAGGGAGAGGGCCAUGCCCCUGGGCAGAGAGGGGCCCCGAGGAGAGCACCCGGCUCGGCCAGGCGCAGCCUCUGUGGCCUCCUGGAGGAGUUUGUGCUGGAGAACGAGCAGCACAGGCACCUAGAGUCCCUCCCAGCCCUCAGCAGCUGGGGCCAGGCCCGACGUUCCCCCGAAGCUGCCCCCAGCUCCUGCAGCAUCCAGGCCCUGCCCUGCGCCCACCCUGCCCCCAGCGCAGCCCAGUGUGGCCACCUGCCGCCAUGGGAGGUGCUCACUGCCCAGAGUGAUUCCAGGUUCCAGGGGGCCAGCCAGGGCAGCCCAUGGGAGGACCCGGCUCAGCCCUGGCCCCAGAGCCAGCAGCGCCCUGUGGCUCCCUGGUUACUCCAUGGGAAAAGGAGCCUGGGCCGAAGGAAGAGCUCCGUUGGCUCGUGUCUGCUCCUGAGAGACACCCAGCAGCAGGGCCCUGAGCCUCCCCCCGGCCUGGAGGGGCAGGUCGCGCCGUCAGCCCCUCCCCUGCCAGGGCAGCCAGGCAGCAGCACAGGGCGCCAAGCAGGCGCUGACCCUGAGCUGCGGCUGGAGGAGGUGCUGGACUCGCUGCAGGAGCAGCUCCAAUCCUACAGCCUGUGGGACGCCCGGGACUGACUCUGAGCAUGUGCCCCACACCAAGGGACCAAGGGAUCUAUUAACCCUCUCAGUGCCGUGCCGUGGUGGAGCGCCCCGUGUCCCGGUGCACGGCCAGGACACAGGGCCUAGUCCCUGCAGGCUCUGGGGAGACAGGUGGGGCCUUGCCGGGGUGUGGCCUGCACAGCCCUGCCCACGAAGCUCCCGCUGCCCCAGACAGACACGGCCCAGGGCUGACACUGAGCUCCCUGUUUAUUUGGCUUUAGCGAAAGACCCAGCUGCUGUGGAUAUGGUGGGACGGCAGCAGCCCAUCCCCUUGGGGGCUCCCCGGUCCCGCUCAUGGGCAGCCCAGCCAGUACUGAGCGAUGGGGCGAGGGUAGCGAGGGCGCACGAAGUCCACGCGCUUGCUGCGCAGGUUGAGGCGAUAGUACUUGUCUGCGGGAGAGAAGGGCGUCAUGGUCAGUCCCCCAGGGCUCCGCUCACCCUACCCUCAACCCCAGCUCAGAGCAGCAGGAGCUGAACUGGCCUUGCUGGCCUCCCCUCGCCUCCCACCAAACAUAGGGACAACCAGGCUCAAGGCUUUGGCCAGAGUCCAGGCCCCGCCAGGGCAGCCUGACUCCCGUGUCCAGGCCCAGCUUGCCCCGGCUCUCCUCCCCGCCAUGAGGCCUCUCCACAAAUCAGCCCCAUCGCUCACAGUCAGGCCGAGCAGAACGGCCGGGCCCUGGGAAAGGGUGGCCAUAAGGGGGCGGAUGGGGCCGCAUGGCAAAGCUGAAACCCAGCCCUGCUGGGGGUGGGGGGCUAGGUCAGGCCAGCUGUGAGAGCAGCUGGGGAGAGCUGAUGGCGCUGGGACCCACCUGCCACGAAGAAGUAGACACUCUGGAUGGGCUGGCACUGGGAGCCCCCGGGCAGCCAGUCAGGGUCCGUGUCCGAGGAAUCGGAUUCAUCCUGGAGCCAGUCCCAGAAAGUGUGAGCUGCCGGCCGCCGGCUCCUGUACUUCUUGCGGUGCCGGCGGGAUUUCCUCCGUCGAGACCAGCUGCUAGCCUUUGAGGAGACGUAGAUCCUGCCGGCCAUGGCAGCAUCUAGGGGUCUCGGCAGCCCCCUCCAGUCUCUGCUGAUGUACCGCGGUCCACUGGCCCCAACUGGCAGAACAGCACAGCGUGGGCAUGAGGACUGGCUGGCAGCAUCACUGCCCGGGGUUGGUGCCCCAGUUGCAGGCAGAGGCUCACCCAGCCUUGCCACAGGCAGCGUCAGGGAGUGGGGUCCCCAGGGCCUCCAGAACAGGGAAGGAAAGGAGCUGGCGGGGGGAGCAGAGCCGCCCCAAUCCCCAUGACAGGGCAAAGAGCAGGCUGGGAGGAGAGACGUGAGGGCGGGACCUAGCCUGCCGCAAGAGGUCCUGGAGCCUAGCCUUGUUUCCCAUGCUGUUCCCCACCUCCCCAGCUUUCUCUUCACCUUGCACAGCCCCACAGCGUUGGCUCCAGUUAAAACAGAGAGGACCUGG